UUCAUUCAGGGUCGCAGCCUCACUCAUUUUCGCUCUCUGUUAAACUUUCCCCUCCGUUUCUCCCUUCUCAACGAAGUCCCUAGAGAUCUUCUUUUUAGGUUGUUGAAGUUGCGGAUCAAUGGCGGAUACAGAGACGUUUGCUUUCCAGGCAGAGAUCAACCAGUUGCUGAGUCUGAUCAUCAACACUUUCUACAGCAACAAGGAGAUAUUUCUUCGUGAGCUUAUCAGCAAUUCUUCUGAUGCCUUGGAUAAGAUCAGGUUCGAGAGCUUGACAGACAAGAGCAAGCUUGAUGCUCAGCCUGAGCUUUUCAUCCACAUUGUUCCUGACAAGACCAACAACACAUUGUCCAUUAUCGACAGUGGUAUUGGCAUGACUAAGGCUGAUUUGGUGAACAAUCUCGGUACUAUUGCAAGGUCUGGUACCAAGGAAUUCAUGGAGGCAUUGGCUGCCGGGGCUGAUGUGAGCAUGAUUGGGCAGUUUGGUGUUGGUUUCUACUCAGCUUACUUGGUUGCUGAGAAGGUCAUUGUUACCACAAAGCACAAUGAUGAUGAGCAAUAUGUCUGGGAGUCCCAAGCUGGUGGAUCAUUCACUGUGACUAGGGACACCUCUGGUGAAAGCCUUGGCAGGGGUACUAAGAUUACUCUCUUCCUGAAGGAGGAUCAACUUGAGUAUCUUGAGGAGCGCCGUCUGAAAGACUUGAUCAAGAAGCACUCUGAGUUCAUUAGCUACCCAAUCUCUCUGUGGGUUGAGAAAACCACCGAGAAGGAGAUCUCUGAUGAUGAGGAUGAGGAAGAGAAGAAGGAUGAAGAGGGGAAAGUUGAAGAUGUUGAUGAGGAGAAGGAGAAAGAAGAAAAGAAGAAAAAGAAGAUCAAGGAAGUGUCUCAUGAGUGGUCUUUGGUGAACAAGCAGAAGCCCAUCUGGAUGCGGAAGCCUGAGGAAAUCACCAAGGAAGAGUAUGCUGCUUUCUAUAAGAGCCUUACCAACGACUGGGAGGAGCACUUGGCUGUUAAGCACUUCUCAGUUGAAGGUCAACUUGAGUUCAAGGCUAUUCUUUUUGUCCCCAAGAGGGCACCCUUUGACCUUUUUGACACCAGGAAGAAACCCAAUAACAUUAAGCUCUAUGUCCGCCGAGUCUUCAUCAUGGACAACUGUGAAGAGCUUAUCCCUGAAUACCUUGGGUUUGUGAAGGGUAUUGUUGAUUCCGAGGACCUUCCUCUCAACAUCUCAAGAGAAAUGCUUCAGCAGAACAAGAUUUUGAAAGUAAUCCGGAAAAACUUGGUGAAGAAGUGCGUUGAGCUUUUCUUUGAGAUUGCUGAGAACAAGGAGGAUUACAACAAAUUCUAUGAGUCCUUCUCCAAGAAUCUCAAGCUUGGUAUCCAUGAGGACUCCCAGAAUAAGUCAAAGCUUGCAGAAUUGCUCAGAUACCACUCCACCAAGAGUGGUGAUGAGAUGACCAGCUUGAAGGACUAUGUGACCAGAAUGAAGGAGGGACAGAGCGAUAUCUAUUACAUCACUGGUGAGAGCAAGAAGGCUGUGGAGAACUCUCCAUUCCUGGAGAAGCUGAAGAAGAAGGGCUAUGAAGUUCUGUUCAUGGUUGAUGCCAUUGACGAGUAUGCAGUUGGACAAUUGAAGGAAUUUGAGGGUAAGAAGCUAGUAUCAGCAACCAAGGAAGGCUUGAAGCUUGACGAGAGCGAAGAUGAGAAGAAGAAGAAGGAAGCUUUGAAGGAGAAGUUUGAGGGUCUCUGCAAGGUCAUUAAGGAUGUAUUGGGUGACAAGGUAGAGAAAGUUAUAGUCUCUGACCGCGUUGUUGACUCUCCCUGCUGUUUGGUGACUGGCGAAUAUGGAUGGACAGCCAACAUGGAGAGGAUUAUGAAGGCUCAGGCUUUGAGGGACAGCAGCAUGGCUGGGUACAUGUCUAGCAAGAAAACCAUGGAAAUCAAUCCGGAGAAUCCCAUAAUGGAGGAGCUUAGGAAGAGGGCCGAUGCAGACAAGAACGACAAGUCUGUCAAGGACCUUGUUCUCCUAUUGUUUGAGACUGCACUCCUCACCUCUGGUUUCAGCCUUGACGACCCCAACACCUUUGGCAACAGGAUUCACAGGAUGCUGAAACUUGGGUUGAGCAUUGAUGAGGAUGCCGGAGAAGCUGAUGCUGAUGCUGACAUGCCCCCACUCGAGGAUAUUGAUCAGGAGGGCAGCAAGAUGGAGGAAGUUGACUAAACAUUUUUUUUAAUCUAGUUUCAUGUUAUGAACUAUUUAGUUUAUGGUGAUUUACAUUUCCUUUUUCUUUUUUAGUGUUUUUAUGAGGAUUUGACGCU